GGUCUUUCCUUUUUCUGAUUACGAAUUGGGUAGUCUUACUAGAGAAUCUGUCGUUUAAUCUUGAAUUGCUGCAACUGAUGAAAUCGAAGUCUGGGUUUUGAUUCUGAUGAAUGAAUGAAAUGACGAUAAGCACCUGUAGCAUCGCUUUGCAACGCUUCCUUUUCACUCCGCCGCCUCAGAGCCUGAGCCAAGGUAGGAGAGAAAAGCUAAUGGAGGUUCGGUGCAAGGCAGGAGCAGUGCCUUUGAUGAAGCAAAGCCACAAGUUUCUCUCGUCCCUCUCUUCCCCAGCCUUGGCUGGAGAUCCAUCAGCUACUAACCGCCACAUUAAGAAGUUCGUAGCUGCUUCCCCAAAGUCAGUGUCUCUCAAUGUCCUCUCUCAUCUCCUCUCACCUCACACUUCACUUCCCCAUCUCUCCUUCUUUGCUCUCUAUUUAUAUUCAGAAAUUACUCAAGCUUCGUGGUUUGAUUGGAACCCGAAGCUCAUUGCUGAUCUUGUUGCUCUGCUCAAUAAACUAGAAAGACUCCAAGAAUCAGAAACUCUACUCUCCACUACCCUUACAAACCUCAAGUCAAACGAACGAGACUUGGCUCUCUUCCUCUGCAGUUUGGCUGAAUCAAACUCCAAACAAGGCUCAGCACAGGGGUUCAACCAAGCCUGCCUUCGUUUGAGAGAGAUACUCCAAACAUCGUCAUCAGUUUACCUCAAAACCCAAGCUUACAAGUCUAUGGUUUCUGGACUAUGCAACAUGGACCAGCCUAACGAUGCUGAAACCGUUAUCGAAGAGAUGAGACUCGAAAAACUAAAGCCGGGUGUGUUUGAAUAUAAGUCUGUUCUAUACGGUUACGGAAGGUUAGGAUUGUUUGAUGACAUGAACAGAAUAGUGCAUAGGAUGGAGACAGAAGGUCACAGAGUCGACACGGUUUGUUCAAACAUGGUUCUGUCUUCCUACGGAGCUCAUGACGCUCUUCCCCAAAUGGGUUCUUGGCUACAGAGACUGAAGGACUUCAACGUUCCUUUGUCCUUAAGAACGUACAACACGGUCUUGAAUUCUUGUCCUAACAUCACAUCACUGUUAAAAGACUUGAAUAGCUGUCCGCUCUCUGUUUCCGAACUGCUUACUUUUCUCAAUGAAGACGAGGUGGUUCUGGUACGCGUAUUGACUCAGUCCUCGGUUUUACAUGAAGCCAUGGAGUGGAGUUCGUUAGAAGGCAAGCUGGAUUUGCAUGGUAUGCACUUGAGCUCGGCGUAUUUGAUAAUGAUGCAGUGGAUGGAUGAGAUCAAGGUUAGGUUUAGUGGAGACAAGUGUGUGGUUCCUGCAGAGAUUAUAGUUGUUUCUGGCUCUGGAAAGCACAGUAGCGUGAGAGGAGAGUCACCGGUUAAAGCAUUGGUUAAAAAGAUGAUGGUUCGUACCGGAAGCCCUAUGAGAAUCGACAGGAAGAACGUUGGUUGUUUUAUUGCUAAGGGGAAAACAGUUAAAGAAUGGCUUUGCCAAUGAAAUUAUUUUAACUGUGAGUUUAAUCAUUGGGUUCACAAGUUUUAAUAGUAUUUUAAACAGUACACAGAGCACAAUAAUGUGCUAAUGGAUGUGACUCUUUAGCAGUUUUUGUAAUCAGUGAGUUUUUGUUUCAAGACUGAAUGGUUUCUUGUUGUAAUGACAAAUACAUUGCAGUACA